UGUACAUUAUUUUAAGAACUUUCCAACUUUCUAUUUGAUAAUUCAGUGGCAAAUAUAGGGACUGCAAGUGUGAAGAUUCUGAAACAUGGAUACAAUUAAUAAAGAAGGGAAUGAAAAUUCGAUCAAUAAAAGGUUGAUUAAGACGAAUACUCUCGAAGAAUUCUACGCCGGUAGUGGGAUUCUUGUGACUGGAGUAACCGGUUUCCUUGGAAAAGGUUUUCUGGAAAAACUGAUGCGCGUAUGUCCACGCAUCGCUGCCAUUUAUAUACUAAUUCGUCCAAAAACGAACGAAACGAUAGAAGAACGAUUUAAGAAGAUCAUGGAUGAUCCCAUUUAUGAUGGCAUUAAAGCAAAGAACCCCUCACUUUUCAGCAGAGUUUAUGCCGUGAAAGGUGACGUGAGUCUGCCGGAUUUAGGUGUUUCGCAAGAAGAUAGAAGUCUGUUGCUAGAGAAAGUAAACAUAGUGUUUCACGCCGCGGCCACUGUGAGGUUCAACGAGCCGUUACACGUCGCUGUCAAUGUGAAUACGAAAGGUACCGCCCGUGUCGUCCAACUUUGGAACGAACUAAAGCAUCCAAUAGGCUUUGUCCACGUUAGCACAGCUUAUAGUAAUGCGAACCUAGAUGAGAUUGAGGAAAAAGUUUAUACUACGAGCUGGAAUCCUUCAGCGGUAAUCGAUAUGUGUGACAAACUCGAUAAAACUUCGAUAAAGCUAAUGGAAAGUAGCAUUUUAAAAACUUAUCCAAAUACUUACACAUUCAGUAAGAAUUUAGCUGAGCAGAUUGUAGCAAGCAAUAGUAAACACCUGCCAGUUGCGAUAGUACGGCCAAGCAUAAUUGGUGCUUCUCUGCAAGAACCAUAUCCUGGUUGGAUACAGAAUAUUUCUGGAAUUACAGGUACUUUUCUGCUAAUUGGCAAAGGAUUUGCUACAGCUAUACGAGGUAGGAGAGAUGCAAGAUUGGAUGUAGUGCCUGUCGAUUUCGUAGUCGACACGAUAAUAUGUACUGCAUGGCAUGUCACGCUACAUCGUGAUCAUGAAGUUAAAGUAUACAACUGCACGAGUAACGCAUACCCUUUUACAUGGGGUCAGAUGAAAGAUGCCAUGGUGAAGUGUAGCAUAGAAAACCCAAUGAAGGAUACGCUAUGGUACCCGGGUUGUCCAAUGAUAGCUAAUAGAUAUAUUUUCAACAUUCUGAGUGUAAUUCCGUAUCUUUUACCUGCGUUCGUCAUAGAUACAUUUUUAAGACUCCGAGGUAGUAAACCAAUAUUGAUGAAACUUCUAAAAAAUGGCAAUAAGCUGUUUACAUCGCUACAAUAUUUCAUCUUGCACGAAUGGACUUUCCAAAGAGAUAACUGUUCCGACUUAGCGAGAAAAGUAAAAAUGUUGAACGACAGCGAUAAGUUCAAACUAGAUUUGGAGGAUAUGAAUUGGGACAAGUAUGUUGCUAUUUACCUGAUGGGAAUUAAGAAAUUUAUUCUGAAAGAAGAUUUUAACUCACUAGCCCGACAACGAUUAUCAAGGCUGUUCUGGAUACAUCAGAUCACUAAAUUAUGCGGUAUAAUAAUUUUGCUCUUGAUAAUAUUAUGUUUUCUGUACUGACUAUUUGAAAGUUUCCUUUUUCUCCUUUAAGCAAAAACAAUAUAAAUAGAAUUUUACGAAGAAG